AUGGAGAGUGGCGGGGGUGAUCAUCAGGAUCCCUCGCCAGGUCGCCCUGAUGCCCCGCGAAUGGCGAACCUGGAAUCUCGCCAGCGCAUACUUGAAGUACGAACGGAACGACUGGAGAGAGCCAUUGCCCGACUGCACAGGCUCAUUGACGCGAACUCAGCGUUCUAUGAACGGUCCCAGGGUAUGACAGCCAUGAUUUCAAGCACGGUAACCGACACAGAGUCACAGCAGCGACACCAUUCUCAAGCUGUGGGCGUACCUCAUCUGAGAAGAAUGACAGGUCUAACAGAUGAUGGAUCCAGUCUUGGUCGGGGACCGCAAGCGUCGCCCACACCGUCCUCUGCAAACCCAUCUAUGCCUGGAGCAUUUCCAUAUGACGACGUGAUUGCAGAGAAUGACUCUCCACACGUAUUGAGAGAGUCCUUGAGAGAGUCCAUGCGAUCUCUUCACCAGACUAUCUUCGCUCUCCAAGGCCAGGCGGGCCGUGGAGCAGAACCACCCACUUCUCCUCGGCACAAACCGGAGUGCUCAAGCUGUUUCGAAGAGAUCGAGGAGCCCGCUUACGUUAGUUCUUGCUUGCACACCUAUUGCGUGGAAUGUCUGCGAGAACUCUUUCUGCGAGCAACUCGUGAUGAAUCAGUGUUCCCGGCUCGCUGCUGCGGUAUCGAGUUUCGAUACGAGACUAUCCGCUUGGUGCUCACCCAUCACGAACUCCAAGAGUACGAUCUUCACGCCGAAGAGUACACUGCGAGUCCUCGUGUCUACUGUGCUGAACCCACUUGCUCUACGUUCAUCCGUCCUUCGGCUAUCAAGAACGAGCAUGGCACCUGUUCAAGAUGCCACAAGAAAACCCACAUCACUUGCAAGGCUCUAGCCCACCCAGGUCGCGAAUGCCCUGUUGACGAAGCCCAGAAAAGUGUGAUCAAUCUGGCGGAAAAGAACAACUGGCGACGCUGCUAUCAUUGUCAUGCUAUUGUUGAGCUUCGCUAUGGGUGUAACGAGGUCCGAUGUCGAUGCGGACACACCUUUUGCUACCAAUGCGGCUCCAAGUGGAAGACAUGCGAGUGCCAAAACCUGUAUCGACACAAUACCCCAAUGACUGAUCAACCUCUGCAAUGGUCCAUGUUCUUAACGCCAGGAGAUCUCAUUGGAGCGCCUGUCCCGCAAGCCAACCCGUUCACCACCACCCCAUCAUCAUUCCCGAUGGAGAUGCCAACUCUGGAAACGACAUUGCGACAACUUCGACGAGGAGUUCCCCCACAGAUCCCUCCUACCGCACCGGUUUCAGAUCCCACACCUCCAUUCACAUGCGAAGAUCACCGUGAAGCGACGUGGACUUCAAGAGGCGGCCGAAUGUUCCGGUGCUCAAUCUGUUCUGUAUUUCCACCCCAGAUCUUUGAGUGCGAUGCUUGCCAUAUGCGGGUUUGCAGUACUUGUUCAACAAUCCUGUCAAUCGGGUCUCCCACCAAGAAUCCUGAUUUGCAGACAGAGCCGGGGAAUAAAGUCACGAAAGAGCCCGAGGAUGAAGAGGAACUCUAG